AUGGGAAAAGAAGAGGCCGACGAGCUCCUGGACAUGGAUGAAACCUCGUCUGACGAGGACUCGGCCAAAGAACUGGAUCUUCCGCUCUACGUCCGACAUCCGAAGACAGUGAACAUUGUAGCUCUCUUGGUAUACAUGGCACUUGGCAUGAGCGUGAUGUCCUUCUAUGAAAAUUGGAGUUUCGUGACUUCUUUUUAUGUCAUUGUCCAAAUUAUCACGACUGUCGGCUACGGGGACAUUGCUCCAACUGCGAGCGGCGAGCUGUUCCUGACAGUCUACGUUCUGCUAGGCACGGUACUGGUUGCGAGCAUUUUAAAUGGCUUGAUCGAGUCCUUCCUGGAAGCUUCAGAAGACCGGUUGGGUGAGUCCCUCAUUGCGAUGAGGACGAACAUAGCAAGGAGUGUCAGUCAGGAUGACCUAGGCUGCAGGUGCUCUUGGAGCAGAUCUGUCAAGGACCUAGCGAGGGCCACCAUGGUAUACCUCUUCUUCCUUGUCGUUUGGGCCGCAUUCUUUACGAUUUACGAAGGAUGCUCGUGUUCAUAUGGAGCGAGUCGCAUUGAUGGGUGCGAAGAGGGCGAUCAAUGCCUGGCAACCGGGGGUGCUCACUUGAGCAUCCGGCAGUCAUUCUACAUGGGGGUCAUAACGUUUUCCACUGUGGGCUUUGGAGACUUCAGCCCGAAGUCGAGACUGGGAAGGAUCUUUGGCUCGGUAUGGAUGAUCCUUGGUAUUAUUGCCUUCGGCACGAUGGUGGGCCACGUGUCCACCAUACUGAAUGACUGGAGGAGGUUCCAUAAGAGAAGAGUGUUGGUUUCUCGGGAUACGUUCAACAAGAUGGACCGGGAUGGCUCUGGAAAGGUCAGGCGCCAUGAGUUCUUGCGGUAUAUGCUUGUGAGACAAGGGUUGGUCAAAGCAGAAGCACUCGAGAACAUCGAUGCUUUGUUUGAGGAACUGGACCAGGAUAAGAGUGGCAUCCUGUCUUUCGACGAGAUCAACGGCCGCCUCCUACCCUUGGAUUCGUGA